AUGUCCGCCUUUUCUGCUUCUGAUUUCAAUUCAAAAAGAUACUCCUCUUCAAGACCUUCCUACCCUUCCGAAUUUUAUAGGAUAAUUGAUAAAUACCACGAUGGAGAAAGAAAAUUACUCGUUGAUGUUGGGUGUGGUCCAGGCACUGCUACUCUGCAAAUGGCUGAGGAAUUAAGACCGUUCGACCGAAUCAUCGGAAGCGAUCUUUCUGCCACCAUGAUUAAAACUGCUAAAGCCAUAAGGGAAGAAAGUCCCGAUAUAUACAGGAAUGUCUCAUUCGAAGUUUCUCCAAGCGAUAACUUUGAAUUCCUAGGUGCUGGCUCAACGGAUAAACAAAAGGUUGAUAUGAUCACCGCGGUGGAAUGCGCUCACUGGUUUGAUUUCCAAAAGUUCCAACGAUCUGUUUAUGCAAAUUUGAGAAAAGAUGGGACGAUUGCCAUUUGGGGGUAUGCGGACCCAAUCUUUCCGGCUUAUCCCGAGUUUGAUGAUUUAAUGAUUGAAGUGCCCUAUGGAAAGGAAACCUUGGGGCCCUAUUGGGAACAGCCGGGCAGAUCUCGCCUUCGCAGCAUGCUAAAAGACUCUAAUCUGAAUCCGGCGCUUUUUUAUGACAUCCGAGUUUCAUGCUUUCAUGCAGAGGAUAUAAGAGACCAAGCAAAGCUCCGUCAGCAUACAGAGAUGCUGCUGUUAAUCAGAAAGCAAAUUACUCUGGUGGAAUUUGCGGAAUAUGUCAGAACCUGGAGUGCUUACCACGGAUGGAAGCAAGAUCCGAAGAACAAAAACAAACAGGACGUGGCAGAUUGGUUUAUUGAGGAAUCACUGCGGAGAAGGCCGGAACUCACAGUCAAUACCAAGAUUGAAGUUGUUUGGAAUACCUUUUAUAAACUUGGUAAAAGAAUCUGA